AUGCACUGCGGCGUAGUCGAUAGAAGUUUCGAACUGGAUCAUCCAGGAGGUUUUGCUUCGUCGCCAUGGGCCGCCGCUAUGUUAGGCCAUCAUCACAGCGCCGCGGCGGCAGCGGCGGCGGCUGUAGGCGGCGGAACCAUGAUGCAACCCGAUCACGGGUAUCCACAUCCAGGAGCGGCUCAUCAUCAUUCCGCCAUGCCUAUGGACCUUCACGUUCCCCAGGGAUUUUCUUAUUACAGGGUCGCCAAAACAUAA